UCAGCUGCUGUAGGGUUGUUGUGGUCUCCGUAGUCGCCGUGUUUUCUCAUUAUUCGUAGUCAGAAUUAUUUGCCUCCGCCGCCGCCGCCAUCGUCGUCACCACUACUACCAUUCACCACCACCAACGCCAUUGUCGCUCCAAACGCUUGCUACACUACCAACGCGGCAAGUAAACUUCCUCCGACAUACACACACACACGUACUCGCGCACACAUACAUAUGCAAACGCGAUUGCAAAAACGGCAUAGAACGCUUAACAGCGAGUAAUAUAUUUUUGUAUGAAGAAAAAAAAUCAGAAAAAAAGUAGUAACUAAUUAGAAAAAAUACCGCAAAAUUGCCAACGUGGAGCUACGAAAAUAACGAAGUAGAAGAAGCAGUAAAAAUUAUUAAAACCAGCGAAAAGCCAAACAAGUUUGUGCGCAGAAAAUUAAAUAGCAAAAUUAAACAUUCAAUACCUAAGACAACAACAGCAACAACAAUAACAACAACAACGAAGAAGAGUGGAAAACUAGCAUCCAGCAAAGAGCAGUGAUUAUUUAAAUUAGCCGUAUCUCAGACAGUCUAUAAUACGGUCAGCGUGUACCAACUGCAGCAUCGCCAAGUAAUACGAACUCGAGCAGCUCAUCAAACACCGGCUCACAGAGCGGAACUUUAAGUACUAGUCUGAGUAAUACCAAUACAAAUACAACAAUGGGUCCUAGUAACGGUACACAGCAACAAGGUGAACAAUUGUCAAAAACAAAUUUGUAUAUUAGAGGAUUGCAACAAGGCACAACCGAUAAGGAUUUAGUAUCUAUGUGUGCACAAUAUGGAACGAUUAUUUCAACCAAGGCUAUUUUAGAUAAAACAACAAACAAAUGUAAAGGUUAUGGCUUUGUCGACUUCGAGUUGCCAGCAUAUGCCGAGGGUGCCGUCAAGGGUCUACAAGCAAAGGGCGUUCAAGCUCAGAUGGCCAAAGUGGGUAUCUGGGUGCUUCAUAGGCCGGCCAUUCAACAAGAACAGGAUCCAACAAAUUUGUACAUUGCAAAUUUGCCUCCACAUUUCAAAGAGACGGACUUGGAGAAUAUGCUCUCGAAAUAUGGGCAAGUUGUGUCGACUCGCAUAUUGCGCGAUCAACAGAUGAACUCAAAAGGUGUUGGCUUUGCACGCAUGGAGAGUCGCGAGAAGUGUGAGCAAAUCAUACAGAUAUUCAAUGGUAAUACAAUACAGGGUGCCAAAGAUCCACUUUUGGUUAAAUUCGCCGAUGGUGGUCCAAAAAAGAAGAAUCUCUAUAAGAAUCCUGAUCCAAAUGCGCGAACGUGGCGUGAUCCCACCGAAGGGAUGCCGGUCGCCUAUGAUCCGACUAUGCAACAGAAUGGUGUUAGUGUUAAUGUUGGCACACCAAUUGGCGUGCCGUAUUCACGUUUUAGUGCACCACCGGUUAGCAGUUACCCAAUGACGACUGGAUCGCAAUGGAUACCCGGUUAUAUGAUGACACAGCAAAUACCGCAAGUUGAGGAUCAAUACAUACAAAUGGCUGCUGCCCCACAAUUGGGUGUCGCAUCCUACAAACCAGACGCUGUAAAUCAGGUGCAACCACGCGGCAUCUCAAUGAUGGUCAGUGGUGAUCCGUCUGUGCCAUAUGGACCAAUGGUGCCACAAUUAGCCACAUUGCAAAUUGGCAAUUCCAAUUUCUCUCCAUCAUUACAGUAUAUUAGUCCAACUUAUCCAUAUUAUGCACAACCAACAAUUAUUCCAACAAUGCCAAUGACAGAUUCCGAACAGGCUAGCACAGCUGCAUCACCCGAUGAGGCAUAUACACAGUAUCCACAUCCAGCCGCUCCCAAAUAGGUCAUCGCGAGAUGUAAUAUUAUGAUGCCGCGAUUGACACUCUAAUGGGAGUUGGAAGUGGAAUCGGAUAAACGCGAACAACAACAACAACAACAACAUAAUAAUAUGCAACAGUAGUAUAGACGAUAAUAAUAACAACAACAAUAACAAAUAUAAGCCACAAGUGGAAGGACAAAACGAAUGAAUACAAAACAAUACAAAUAUUGCAACAACUUAAACAACAACCACAACAACUGUAACUGCAACAAGGAAAUCGGCGACAACCAACAACAAUAAAAACAAAUAGAAUAUAAACCAAAUAAUAAAAUAAAAAUGCAAAUAUAUAGCGAACUACGGGUUGCCACUACGAAAACAAGUGAAAGCAAAUGAUUUACAAAUAUUUAAAGCAGUUUUCUGCAACAACAAAGCAAAUGUAAGAGAAGGCAACCAAAACAACUUGAAAAUGUAACAAAUGAAGUAAACAAAGGAUUAAAAUAAUAUUUUAUAUUUGUUUGCGAGAAUAAUGAAUGCAAGUAUGGCAACAUUUUAAAACAAAGUUGAAUAAUUAAAAUGAAGAGAAAUGUAAAGACUAAGUUAAACAUACACAUACAUAUAUACUUAUAGAAAUUGGAAAAAAACGCUGCAAACAAGAAGCGAAGCAAAGCGAAGGGAAAAAUUGCUAAAAGCGUUACAUACAUACAUAUGUACAUUUGUAAUUUGUUAUAAGAAACGCUAAUAGAAAUGAAAGUGAAAAAAAUCAGAGCGACAUUUGUAAUGAACAAGCUUAUAACUAGCAACAAAAACAAAGGCUUGAAGCAGCGGGUGCAUAAUAAUAACAAUUAAUAGCUUAAUAAAGUAAUAAACUAUACACAAAAUGGCGGCACACGAACCAGCAGUGGCUAGUAGACGAGACGAGACGAGAAUCUUAUGAGCAGGCAAUAUGAUUGUAUUUUUGAAUAUUUAAAUAAACGAAGAAGAAGCGUUAGUCAAACACACUGUGCUGGCCGGUGGAAAUUAACUAAAAUAAAAUAAUAAUAAAUGAAAUUGAAACAUAAAAGAAAUAAGAUAAACGAAAAAAUGGAAAAGUAAAAGAAAUAUGAUUGAAAACCCGCUAAAAACAUGCAAGGAAUUUUGAAUGUAUUUAUGUAAUAGAGUACAUUAAAGUAUUUACAUUUUGAAUGAGCUAAUGAAACGACGAUGAAUUGAGUGCAUAAGUAGCAGACAAGGCAUAUGUAAAAGUAGAAAAAGUUGAUAAGCUAACGGCGUAGUGGGGGUUUGGUGAAACCAAUUUAUUUAUUUAAUACUUAAAGUAGAAAACAAAAAUGACCGUAUGAGAGAAGUAACAAAGAAGAUGUUGAAAUGAAAGCAAAGCAUACGUUGAGAUGUUGUUGUAAAAGAAGAGGAAGUAGCUGAGAAAGCAAAGUUUACUGGAAAUUUUACACAUGAUUGUUGAAUUUCUUUGAGUUUUUCAUUUUAUAAAUGACAUUUAACCGUUAUAUUUUUAUUUGUUACUUUUUGAAGAAGAAAAUUUAAACACAUAUACAUACAUAAUAGUUUGUAAUGAAACUGCGAAAUGCAGCAGCAAAGCGACGAGUAUUUACAUAAAUAAGUGGCAAUGCGGACCUAAAAAGUUCCAAAUUGUCGGACAAGCAAGCGUAAAGAAUGCAAGCCACACUAAUACAUAAAUACUAAUACAUAAAAAACAAAGAUACAUUGUACUUUCCGUCUCCAACUGCAUAAAUACACAUACACACACACGUGAACACAUUUAAUGUGUAUGAAAAUUUGUUAAAUACAUUUGUAUGAAAUGAUUUCUUUUGCAAGACAAAAACAUGAAUACAAAAAAAAAAA